UUCCCGAUUCCCAGUUCCCGUCCAGCCGCCGCCGCGGGACCGCCUGGCCCUGGGGGACAACGAGCCCAUGGCCAGGAAGGAGCCGCUGCUGAGCGCCCUUAAAGGAGGGGUGCUGCGGCUGCGGGAGGGCAGCGGGCCCUGCACGGACACCUCGCCGCACCUCGUGUCCCUCUGCCAGCUGCUGGAGAGCAUCCUGCGCAAGGGGCUCCGACAACCGGCCUGGGGCUUCCGGAGACGGGACUACUGGCACUGGCUGGAGCAGCUUCCCACGGGGACCAGCGGCCGGCCGACCCCUCUCUCCAUCAGCAUCCGGAGAGCCGGGGGCUGCGAGCGGACGCGGACGGCGCAGGGCCGGGGGCGGUACUUUCUGCGCUUGGCCCUGCAAGGGAAGGUGCUGGCGGUGGCCGUGAGGCAGCUGGCACAGACCCCCCGACUCCUGGAGUUUUAUGAUCCUGGGAGCUCCAUCCUCGGCAGUGAAGAUCUCCGGGAGCCCUUCCUCUCGCUGCUGCUGGUGCUGACAGAGAUAGAUUUCUCCCUGGACGUGCAGAACUGCAGCUUCUUGGACGAGAGCUGGCUGCUGCCGGUGUGCUGUACUUACGAGACAGUCCCGUGCCGAGCACUGGGGAUGGUGCUCAGGUACGUGGACGGUCGAGUCUUUGUCACCAAGGUGCUCCCCGACAGCCAGGCGGAGGUGGAGGAGGUGGUGCUGGCCGGUGACAUCCUCGACGAGAUCAACGGCUGCUCACUGAGAUACGCCUGCCCCGGGCAGGCUGGGGCCAUGCUGCAGAGGCUGAAGGGACAGCCGCUCUCCUUCCGCCUGCUCCGGUGGCGGUGGCACGACGGGGCCGUCUUUGAGCCACUGCUGCCCUACCUGAAGGCCCUGAAGGAGAAGGAGCCCCACUUCCAGCUCCAGCACAGCCCCCGGCACCGGGGUGAGGGGGAGCCGUGGCAGCUGCAGGGGGGCAGGCUGCUCUACAAUCUGCGGUACCUGGGCCAGACCAGCGUUGGGACGUUUGGUGGCAAAGAGGUGCUGGAGGGGGCCAUCCCUGCCGUGCUGGAGAGGGACUUGGCAGCGCUGGAGGUUUUAUUUGAUGUGAAGGAGGCAGAAGUCCUUGUGCAGGAGAAGGCUUCUUCCAAGCUCCUGUGCCGCCAUCCCUACCCCUCCAUCUCCUGCGUGGGACGCUGCACGUGGAGCCCCAGGAUCUUCGCUUUCUGUGUGGUCUCUUCCCCCGAGAGCCCUGACGGGAGCACGUUCGACUGCCUGGUGUUUGCAUCCAGUUCUGAGCAAGAAUGCGAGGAAAUCAUCGGGAGAAUCGCUGCAGGAUUUAAGCACACGGAGUGGUUUGUCUGAGGGAGAAGCGCCUGAUGAGCCACCACGGCCCCAGCAGCAGCUGAGGGAUGCAGGCCCUGGCUCCCAGGGCACGAGCUGGGAAGGUUUUCAUGCCCUUCCCCACCAUCCUGGGGGAGAUCAUGGACAGCCAGUCCCGAUUGACCCGAGCCUGGUCAGAACUGCUGCUGCUCUUUCCCCAGAGCACCACAGCACUUUCACUGCAAUAAAUCAAGCCAGGCUGGCUCAACCACG